UAAUAAGCAGAGGAUCAUAGUCACUGGUGCUCAUGCAGGUGAAAGUCAGAUGACUUAGUGUCUUUGAGAAUUCAACAAGAUCUAGAAGAUUGGAAUCAACAUGUCUACGAGUUUCCCCACAGGCUACAGCUCCCCGGGGUCCACCACAGCGACACCCUCCAACACUAAUUUCAGACUGGAUGUUGCUGACAUUGCUGUGAUUGUGGUCUACUUCAUCCUUGUCAUGGUGGUUGGAAUCUGGUCAUCAGUACGAGCCAAUCGCAGUACAGUGGGUGGUUACUUCUUAGCUGGCCGUUCAAUGACUUGGUGGCCUAUUGGAGCCUCGUUGAUGUCUAGUAAUGUUGGCAGUGGAUUAUUUAUUGGUCUAGCAGGAACAGGAGCAGCUGGAGGCAUCGCUGUCGGGGGAUUUGAAUGGAAUGCAGCUUGGGUUCUUGUGGCUCUUGGCUGGAUCUUUAUCCCCGUCUACAUCUCUGCUGGCGUGGUUACCAUGCCUGAAUACCUUGCCAAACGCUUUGGAGGCACGAGGAUACGUAUCUACAUGUCGGUUUUGUCACUCAUCCUCUACAUCUUCACAAAAAUAUCUACAGAUAUCUUUUCAGGGGCGUUGUUCAUCCAGGUCUCUUUGGGCUGGGAUCUCUAUCUAUCAACUGCCAUACUGCUGCUCGUCACUGCUGCCUACACUGUGGCAGGUGGUUUGGCAGCCGUGAUCUACACUGAUGCACUUCAGACUGUGGUCAUGGUGGGGGGGGCCUUUGCAUUAAUGUUCAUAGCUUUCUCCAGGGUUGACUGGUAUGAAGGCCUUGUUGACCGUUAUAUGUCAGCUGUUCCCUCAGUGAUAGUUGCUAACACCACCUGCCACCAACCUCGUAGUGAUGCGUUCCGCUUGUUCAGAGACCCCAUUUCAGGUGAUUUACCAUGGCCAGGUCUGGUUUUUGGGCUAACUGUACUGGCUACCUGGGUCUGGUGCACAGAUCAGGUUAUAGUCCAGCGGUCUCUGUCAGCCAGGUCUUUGUCUCAUGCAAAAGCAGGCAGUGUAUUGGGUGGUUACCUGAAAUUGCUGCCCAUGUUCUUUGUCGUCAUGCCGGGAAUGAUCAGCAGAGCACUGUUUCCAGAUGAGGUAGGUUGUGUGGAUCCAGAAGUGUGUCUGAAUGUUUGUGGUGCUUCAGUUGGUUGCUCCAACAUUGCCUACCCUAAACUCGUGGUGGAGCUAAUGCCUGUGGGUCUUCGUGGUUUGAUGCUAGCAGUAAUGUUAGCAGCUCUGAUGUCUUCACUGACUUCAAUCUUUAACAGCAGCUCAACUCUGUUUACACUGGAUCUAUACCAUAAAGCCAGGCCCAAUGCUUCAGAGAGAGAACUCAUGAUUGUUGGAAGGGUAUUCAUCCUGGUUUUGGUGUGUGUUAGUCUGUUGUGGAUUCCAGUCAUCCAAACAGCAAAUAGUGGACAGCUCUUUGAUUACAUCCAAUCAGUGACCAGUUUUCUAGCUCCGCCGAUUACAGCAGUAUUCCUAAUGGCUAUCUUCUGGCCACGUGCAAACGAGCAGGGUGCAUUCUGGGGCCUGAUGACCGGACUAGUGGUGGGAUUAAUUCGUAUGGUUCUGGAGUUCUCUUACGAAAGUCCCUCCUGUGGACAGAGGGAUCAUCGUCCUGCCAUCCUGGCUGAUGUCCACUACCUGUACUUUGCGCUCAUCCUGUUAGCUGUCACAUGCCUUACCAUUGUUGCUGUCAGCUUGGCUACUGCCCCAAUACCUGAAGAGCAUCUUUACAGGCUGACUUGGUGGUCCAGAUACAACCAGGAACCACGUAUUGACCUCACAGCUCAGGUCCCAAUAACCUCCGAUGCUACGAACUCUGACUCUAACCAUUUGCCAAAUGAGUCAUGGUGGAAGAGAGCAGCACUGUGGAUCUGUUGUCUGACCAAAAGAGGCUCUGGCUCUGUAUCUGUAGAGACUGAAAACAGUGAACUGAACUCCCUACAGGAGGAGCCCCUGUGGCGUAGUGUCUGCAAUGUUAAUGCUUUAUUACUACUGGCAGUUAAUGUGUUCCUCUGGGGAUACUGGGCUUAAUCUUCUAAAACUUUCAUUUGUAUGAGUAAGGUUAAACUUGUGUCCUGGGCUGGUAUUAGCAGCCAUUAGUGAUACUACUGAGCUGCUUUUUCUGUUCUGUAUCAUCAAUCAAUCUUUAUUUGUAGAGCGUCAAUUCAAAUCAAACAUUAGCUCAAGCCUCUUCACAAAGAGCAGGUAUAGACCGUACUCAGUGCUAUGUUACAAAGACCCAACGGUAUUCCAUUAUCAGCACUUUGAAACAUUUAGCAAAAGUUACAGUGGCAUUAAAAAACGUCUUUUUACAAGAGAGAAAUCAUGGGCAAAUCCAGGCUCAUGAUGAACAGCCAUCUACCGAAACAAGGCUCAAAGGACAACAUAAAACAUAAAAGCACAUGUAUGGGUCUGGUAGAAACUUAAAAACAACACAUAGAAGAUAUUUAAAAGGUAAUACAAAACCAACUAGAUAUCAGACAUCACCUAAAAAUUUAUUUAUUUGCAAAAAACAUGCAAAUAAAUAAAUAAAUAAUACAAAAUCAGCAAAAUAAUAAUUCCUAAUUUCUUUAGUAUUUGUACAAUUUGAAUGUCAAAAUGAGUUAAAAUCUGCAGUUAGAGAAAAAGUGAUCAUCUAACAUAUUGUCUUUGAAGCUUUAAAUUUUGUAACCUUUGCUCAACUGAUAAAGAGUAUUAGUUAUUUUCAGGUUAUGUUAUGUUUCCAACUUGAACAUUUAUUGUAUUAUGUCAUUAUGCACAUUGAUUAAUUUAUUGAAAUUAUUCACUCAAUAGAUUUAUUUGUUUAGCGUUAUUAUCUCAAGACCCUUUAUAAAAAGCAGGUAAAAGACCUUACUCUUUCUUUUCUUAGAAAAUAAAAAGGGGAUAGGAGUAUAAAAGCAGGAAGAAGGAUAAGGACUAACAGAGGGAAGGGUAUAGCAGCAGGUGGUCCCCGCCAACAAUCACAAGGAACCAACAAGACAUGAGAGCUCAGGAGCUCCCAGGAAAAAAUCAGGUUCACACAAAACUCAACUAUGACUUUAUUUUAAAUGUGUUUGUUUGUGAUCCUAAAAGUAUUCUUUUUUACUAUUAAAAUGUGUUGCUUCGCUAUAAUGUAAGAAGAAUAUAUAGUACAGAAACAGUAUAUCUUCUGGUCACAAUCUGCCAAACCAGAGUUCAUGAUUUGUAUAUGCGGAAUAGUUGUAGAAUCUGUUAGUUUAAUAACAUCGACGUGGCCAAACAGACGGGAUCUGUUGUGUAAUGAGGCCACAGAUUGCUAUAAUCAUGUAAAACAGGAGAAAUAAACGUAUCUUGCAGGACUUUAUUGAAUAAACACGUUAUGACUGUGAGUCAUAUGUGUAGUGUGUUUGUUGUUAUUAGAUCUGCCACCUUUCUCGUUUGUGCGUCUGUCUGUCUUUGUGCUGGACGGAAGCUGGUGUUGUGUGCUGUAGGGCGCCAGUUUUAAAGGGCGCUGCAGAAGCUGGAACAUUGGCCCGCCUUCUCCCUCACCUCCAAAGAGAGAUCUGGAUUUCGUUGUGCAGUCCUGGUUAGGUUGUAGGGGAGCGUAGCUGUUUUAUUUGGAUUCAAAUUGUCUGCUGUUAGGGAGUAAGGCAAGAUGUCUGCAUUUUCUUUUCUUUAUUUUAGAGGUAAGGUAGUUUCUGUUUUUGACUAAGAUGUUGUGUUGUAUUAUUUUUGCUUGUGCUCUCCCUAAAGUUUGAUUACUUUUGUGUUUAGUGUUAAUAAAUAACAUUGUGAACUUAAAAUGUGUUCGAUGGUGGCUCAAUCAUUGGGUGUGAGAAAGGAGAGGGUCACUUUUAUGCUACGGCUGGUUUUCCCCUUGGCUUGUCGUAACACACACAUGUCAAAAAGCUUUCAUUUUUUCUGCAGGGAUUUUUUUCUUCUUUAAUUUAUUUUGGUUUCUUUGAAUACUUUCACAAUAAUGUAACAUAUUCCAUAAAAAAAAUUAAAUACAAAAUACUACAGAUCCAUGCAGGGUGGAAAAAUCCUGGACUAAAAAUCUUGAGUCACUCAUGCUGAUAUCCCAUCACACCUUUUAAUGAAAUUAAGGUCACAAUUUCAAAGCACUGCACUGAAAAGACUCUGCCUGGGUACAAGUGUGUCAAACAGGAAGUAUAGACCAGCAGCCGUUGCAAUGAGAGGGGGCUCGCUGACUGGUUGGUCAGAGUCGACAAAGGGUCAAUUACAAUUGAGAUUGUGUUAAAUACCUAACUAGCUAUCCUGCUUAUGCAAAUAUCCGUAAGCAUAUGUUUACCUGCUGUGGGGCAGGAGACAUUUCCAUUGUAACAGCUCGCUCCACCAAUCAGAGAACUGUGACACUAUAGUCUUGGGUAGUGUAUGUUAUUUGAGCUCUAAUAAUAGAUGUUUUUCUUAAAUGAGUUCCAUAUUAAACAAACUUGCAUCUU